CUUGGAAUUGUCCACCAUGCCAACGACCGUUGCCGAAGCGUCCGCCGAAGCAACGAAGAGCAUCGAUGAGGCAAAGCCCCCAAGAGCCGGUGGAUUAUACACAGCGCCAAAGAUUCACAUUCCAACUUUCUUCGCUUGGGACCAGUUGAAUGAAAACGACAGCCACGUGCGGCAAGCAUCGCCUGUUGGCAGCGAUACCGAGUCGCUGAAGCAAGUUGCCAAAGCCAACUUGAAGCGCUUGCAGGAGAGCUCAGCACGAACGCUGCAGCUCCUGAAAGGUCACAAAGAUAAGUCUCUAGAGUUGACUGACGCCGAGAAGAAGCGAUUGUUGUGCAAAGAAAACAUUCAGGCGUUGCAAGACCAGCUCAAAUCGACUAUUCAACAGCGACCGCACAUUCGUCUUGCGGUCCCCGAGACUCGUUCGGCCCUUCGUAGUAGCAAGGACGCGGAUGCCCCACCACAAAAGCGAGUCGAGAAGCACGUCAAGUUCGCCGCCGCGCCCGAUGAGACCUUCAUGACCGUUCCCGACGUCAAAUCGACUUUGGAAAGACACUUACAGACUCGAUUGCGGACCACCUCGGCAACCCACCAAACGCAGCCAAGAGUAUCUCAUCACCACGGCCAUCCAUCCAAACGCCACCAACCACCUCUGCAUUCCUCGUCUACGCCCACCGACGUCUCGCGCCGUACCGAUCAGAACACGCAGCCACUGCGGCGAACUCGACCGCGUCGCCUUCGCAGACAUCCGGCGAAAUCGUCGAUGAACAAGACAACCAGCCAUGCCUUCCUUCGGCGUGCUCCUCGCAAGCUUGUGUUCUUGAAAGCUCUUCCUUCAACGUCGAUGCCACCUACGGACCAACCUGACCAGACGAACCUUUCGAUCAGUGAGCGACAAGCCUCUGAAAGUGCGGUGAUACUUCGCCACCGCCGACGAUAUCCGCGACGCCUGGAGGUGAGUGCUUGCAUCCGCCCCUUGUCUCUCUGAUGCUAGACUUGAAGAACCCCAUCUUCUUGCAUCCACGCUUCCCUCCGUAUGCCUCAUCCCGCCAUUACACGACCGAGUACCAAGAGCAAUUUCGCUCGCCGCAAUUGCGCUCCCGACCAUUGCUGCUCAAGUAGUAGCUCUCUCUCUCGUAAACUACAACACGUCUUUGUUAUGAGUCGAA